CCAAUGAAAAAAAAAAGAGACAGAUAAUUAUGUAUUAACAAUUUGACUCUUUCUCUGUCUCUAGAAAAAGGGAGUUUUCAAAGGCAGAAAGAGGGAAGGAAGAAGGGAGAUAAAGUAAAUCUUUACAAGUAGGAAGAAUUAGAAUCAGAGUUGGUGAAAAAAAAUAGAAUCCAAUACAACAACUAAAAGGAAAGGGGGUUAUAUGAAGGAGGAGAAGAUAAAAGUUUCUUGGUUCUUGAGGUGAUUGCUGAUGGGAAUCCAUGAAGGAGGAAGAGAAGAGAAGAGAAGAACUAGAAGGAUUAUCACUUGAUCACUACUACUAAUCUAUCUAUCUCUCUCUCUUUCUCUCUCUCUCUCUCUCUCUCUCUAUCUCUCCUUCUUUCUCUCCUUCUUUCUCUCUACUUCUUUGAUCAUCAAAGAGAAAAAGCUGCAUAAGGUUUUGUUGAGGCUACAAAAAGCUGCUUGGAAGGACAAAAAUAGUGGUGAAGGUUAAAACUAGUGAUGUGAUAAAAGAAUGGGCAAGAAAGGAAAUUGGUUUUCUGCAAUCAAAAAGGUUUUCUCCCCCAACUCCAAAGACAAAGUAGCCAAUGAGUUGGAAAAGAAUAAUACAGGUAAGAAAAAGAAAUGGGGAUUGGGGAAGUUAAGAAAUGGAGAAACAACUUCUUUUAUACCUCUUUACAGAGAACCAAGCAGUAUCGAGAAAAUACUUGGAGAUGCAGAAAAGGAGCGGCAGCUGGCACAACCCAUUUUAUCAUCAACAGAUCAACGUAGGGUACCGUCUGUUCCUUCAAUAGUUGCUCAACGUUAUGAACAAAUCAAUCAGGGAAACAACAAAAACAAUGGCAGCACUAGCAGUAGCAUUAGCAACACCAACACCACUACUGUCCCCAUCAGCACCAGCAACACUGCCACCCCCAGAAAACCAAAUAAGGCUAGCAGUAGCAACAGCACCACCAGCAAUAAUACUCCUAACACUAAAACCAACAACGGCAGCACCACCACUGCCACUACAAAAACCGACAACAACAGCAGCAGCAGCAGAAGUAACAACACCACCACAACCAAGAAUUACAGAAUACCACCUACUAUAGAACAGCACCACAUUGCAGCCACCAAGAUACAAUCAAUCUACAGGGGUUAUAUGGCAAGGAGGAGUUUCAGAGCUUUGAAAGGUUUGAUGAGACUUCAAGGGGUGGUUAGAGGACAGAGUGUCAAGCGACAAACAAUGAACGCCAUGAAAUACAUGCAAUUACUUGUAAAAGUUCAAACUCAGAUACAAUCGAGAAGGAUCCACACAUUGGAAAAUCAAGCCCAACAUCGCAGUGAUGUACACAAUAAUGAUAAAGAACUUGAGAAUAACAUGGCCAGAUGGAUCUUAACUCAUACGGCUGGACAAGAAAACUGGGAUGAUAGUGUACUAACAAAAGAAGAACUAGAUGCAAGACUGCAACGAAAGGUAGAUGCUAUCAUCAAGAGAGAAAGAGCCCUAGCCUAUGUUCAUUCACAUCAGUCUUUGAAAGCUAGUCCAAAAUCAGCUCAAUCAGCUUUAAUGGAGAUUCGGUCGGGUGGCUUUCCAUGGUGGUGGAAUUGGAUAGAAAGACAACUUCCUGAAAAUCAAUCUGAGAUUCAAUCCACACAAUUGAAAAAUAAUCGCUUUUCUGAAGUUCAAUCUAUACAAACCAACGGACAAUUUUCUGAAUUUCAGUCUCAACAACACAGGACAGAUGUGACACCACCUCGUCGAUGGAGCCAAGGUACUGGUUCUACCACAGCAAGACCUCAAACGGGUAACUCAAAGCAAUCAAGUUUUAGAUUAGAAAAUCUCGAUUCACUAACACCGAGACCAAAAACACCUCUUGGAUCUAUGGCUAGAACACCAGUUCACCUAUCAAGCAGCAGAUCACCGCUGUCAAAUAAACCAGGUACACCAAUGAAACAUCCAAAACCUAGAUCUGUUAUGGGAGGUGAUUAUCCAUUAAGGGACAAUGACAGCCUGACAAGUUGCCCACCUUUCUCGGUCCCAAAUUAUAUGACACCAACUGUUUCUGCUCAAGCUAAAGUAAGAUCUCAUAGUAACCCUAAAGACAGAUUACUAGCAACUCCAGACCGCGAGCAAAAGAGACGGCUUUCAUUUCCUUUAACUCAAAGCAUUGGAUCUAUGAGAUGGGGCAAGAGUCCUUUGUUCUCAAGCAAGGACUCCAGCUCCAGGUCUGUGCUAGGAAAGAAUCAGCCUGUGCAUUCUGUAGGCAAUGUGAGUGUGGAUUCUACUGUAUCUUUACCUCCUCAUCUUGGAAGGAGACCCUUCAAAUAACUUGAGUGUAAUUUUUCUGUGUGUUUGAAGUUUUUCUUUUUCCAUUUUCAUAUCUUGGUUUCCCUAUUUUUUUCUUUUCGUUUUUGGAUGUUGGUGGGGUGUUCGUUUGGUAUAUUAAAGUAAGGCAUUGAUUGAUAGUUCUAGUAUGUAUGUAAUAAUAACAAUAAACAAAGAAAGUGAUGGUUUGUAUGUGAGGGGUUUUAGUUUAGGGUUCCUUAUUCUAUUUAACAAUCUGGAACUAGAAGAUUUUUUUA